CUCGUACAUUCUAAAAGUCCAGUGAUUUAUAAAUGUUGUGCGAAUCGGUUCGAAUGAACGGUUCUAAAGAACGACUCGUUCACGAUUCGAACAUCGCUAGUGGAUGGUGCGGCGGCAGCAGAAAAGAGAGCGCAGUCUCCGGGAGGGCUUCGGCAGACCGUUGGGCUGUUCACAUCAUCUUCAGACAUGGCAAAGGAAGGGACUGAGAUUGCUGAAGAGACCGAGCAGAUGAUAGACCAGAAGGAGCCGGACAAUCCCGUUUCUGCGGCGGUAGAUCCAAAAGAAAUGCGGGCUGUGGUGCUGACGGGCUUUGGUGGUCUAAACAAACUCAAAGUCACCAAGAAACCAAUGCCAGAGCCUCAAAGAGGAGAAGUCAAAAUUCGCGUGAAAGCAUGUGGGCUGAACUUUCUUGAUCUAAUGGUGCGUCAAGGAAAUAUUGAUAAUCCUCCAAAAACUCCUCUUGUGCCUGGAUUUGAGUGUUCUGGGAUUGUAGAGAGUGUUGGAGAAAACACCAAAGGCUUUGAGAUAGGUGACAGAGUGAUGGCCUUUGUAAACUACAAUGCUUGGGCAGAGGUGGUGUGCACACCGUUGGAUUUUGUGUAUAAGAUCCCAGACGACAUGACAUUCUCAGAGGCGGCUGCCUUCUCUAUGAACUUUGUGACUGCCUACAUGAUGCUGUUUGAAGUGGCCAAUCUCCGGGAGGGGAUGUCUGUAUUAGUUCACUCCGCAGGAGGUGCGGUGGGUCUAGCAGUCGCUCAACUUUGUUCCACUGUCCCGAACGUCACUGUGUUUGGGACCGCCUCGCCCUUCAAGCACGAAGCCAUAAAGCAUUCAGUCACUCAUGUGUUUGACAGAAACAUCGACUACGUUCCAGAAGUUAAGAAGAUAUCUCCAGAUGGAGUAGAUAUUGUACUGGACUGUUUGUGUGGAGAGAACACAGGAAAAAGCCUAACUCUGCUCAAGCCCAUGGGAACGUACAUCCUGUAUGGUUCAUCAAACAUGGUGACAGGAGAAACAAAAAGUUUCUUCAGUUUUGCUAAAUCUUGGUGGCAGGUUGAGAAGGUGAACCCUAUCAAACUCUAUGAAGAGAAUAAAGUCAUAGCCGGAUUCUCGCUCCUGAACCUCCUUUUCAAGCAGGGAGGGUGCAACCAAGUCAAAACAGCGGUUCAAAAACUUCUUUCCCUUUACGACCAAAAGAAGAUCAAGCCUGUUGUUGAUUCCUUAUGGGCACUCGAGGAGGUGAAGGAAGCCAUGCAGAGAAUCCAUGACAGAGGAAACAUAGGGAAGCUGAUUUUGGACGUGGAAAAAUCUCCCACGCCUUUGAUGGCCAAUGACAGCACAGAGACCAGUGAGGCAGGUGAGGAAGAAGAGGAGCAAGAGGAAGACAAUGACAACAAAGAGCGAAUGCCCUUCAUUCAGUGAAGCCAGACUCAUCCAGAGACUAUCAUGAACCUGAGCUGAGCUCCGUGUCAUUGUGAAACGUAUGUGUGUGUGUGAUGUGUUCGGUCUGUUGUUUGUGUGUGUCUUUGCCUGCUUUGGACAGUGCGGUCAAAAAUACUCCAAAACACUAAGUGUGUUGUUACAUGUUCGACUGAAGUGCCAUUCUUAGUGCGGUGUUGAAUUGUUGCAGUGUUAACGUUACUGUAGGAUAGGAUUGCCUUUUCAUGAAAGCCUUUUGCAGCCUUUCGGAUGUUUUAUUUGGCCCCCUCAGUCAGUGGAUUGAGAGAUGACUGCAGUCAAAGUCCAAAACUAAUGCUUGCCAAGAGACAAAUGGAAGUCAAAAUUGGUUUUGGCAAGUAAAUUAAAUGCAGCAGUGGCUGGAAACUUCAUAAGGAACUGUAAUUUAAUACAGGGUGUAAGUCCACAGUAGGAUAUAAAUUACUUUAAGUCUUCAGAUGUCUUGAAAUUACUUUUACCUCAGUGAGCAAUUAUGAUUAUUAAAAAAAUUAUUCACUACCAAAAAAUGACAAUUCUGUCCUCUAUUCAUGCUCAUGUCACUCCAAACCCAUAUGACUUUUUCUUUUGCUGAUUUUUUAAAAAUUUUUUGCUAUGGACGUCUGAUGAAGGCCUAGAAGUUGGCAGAAACAUCAAUGUUUUUGAAGAAAUAAAGUAUGUUUGCAGAGUGAGUGCUGCACUUUUCUUCUGAAAUUUGAGAUUUUUGGUUGAGCAUCUGCAUUUUAUUUUUAUCUAUUUCCAAGCAUUUUGGUAGCCAUUGACUUCUAUUGUAUAAAAAAAAAAAAAAAAAAAAAAAAUCUCUGAGACAUU